UCGCCAGCAGAAGAGCGUUCGGGGCGGUCCUCUUUAACUCUGGGGUGACUCCGAAGCUGGUCCACCGAGGAGGAAGUCGUGCUCGAGCCGCUUUCAGGGACGCGCCGCUUUCCUCCCGUUUGCUCGGCCACCGGCGGAACAGCUGCUAUACUGUUAUGAUGGAUGUGUUGGUGAACAGGUAUCGAGACUUCAUGAAGGGAGCAGACCCCCGGGUUGCUUCAUACCCACUUAUGGAUACUCCUUGGCUCAUGACGGGUAUCAUGCUGAGCUACAUCUAUUUUGUAUUAUCACUGGGGCCACGGCUCAUGGCCAACAGGAAACCUCUGAACCUUAAGAAGUUCAUGAUUCUUUAUAAUUCUUUUUUGGUGGCACUAUCACUGUACAUUCUUCAUGAGUUUCUAAUGUCAGGCUGGCUGAAUGGUUAUACGUGGAGGUGUGACCCUAUUGAUACAUCCCAGGAUCCCAAGGCUCUUCGGAUGGUCCGUGUGGCAUGGAUCUUCAUUUUCUCUAAAAUCAUUGAACUGAUGGAUACAGUGAUCUUUAUCCUAAGGAAAAAGAAUGAACAAGUGACCUUUCUGCAUGUGUUCCACCAUUCAGUGCUACCCUGGAGCUGGUGGUGGGGUGUGAAGUUUGGUCCAGGAGGAAUGGGCUCCUUCCAUGCCAUGGUGAACUGUAUGGUACAUGUUGUGAUGUACUUUUAUUAUGCGCUCUCAGCUGCAGGGCCUGCUUUCCAAAAGUACCUGUGGUGGAAGAAGCACAUCACUGCUAUUCAGCUGCUGCAGUUUGUGUUCGUCUCCAUCCAUAUCUCCCAGUACUACUUCAUGCCUACCUGUAAUUACCAGUUCCCAAUCUUCAUCCACCUCAUCUGGAUUUACGGCGUUAUCUUCUUCAUUCUCUUCUCCAACUUCUGGUACCAGUCGUACACCAAAGGCAAGCGUCUGCCCAAGGCCAUGACACAACCUCAGCAAAAUGGCUUCCAUGAGAAUGGUGCUAUUGCUAAUGGCAAAGUCAAAGCCAACUAGGGGGUGGGAUCAAGGUGACUCAGACCAACUAGUCCCGUAUCUGGGCUUCUUAGCCAGAUCAAGUGCCUACAGACUGUUACCCUGCAGUUCCAAACCACCUUCCCAACUGCCCUGUUUCCCUCAUUGCCUGGCUUUCACCCUGCCCCAGGGGAGACAGGCUGCCUGGGCUGUUGGUGCUGAAUCCAGCCCAAGGUCUCCAAAGUGCCUGUGUCUGCCCUGGGCUGGGCUCCCCUCAGAGCUGGACCAAAGCAGAACCCUGACUGAUGGGACACAUUUAUCCACUUAAUUCUAUGUACUUAAUGUGAUCUAGAUGGGAAUUUUUGUUACUUUGCUCUCCCUAAAUUUGUGUUGUUAUUUAUUCUCUUUAUUUACCAUUGGUAUCCUGCCAUUCCUACUCAAAUGUAAGUGGUCCCUUCUUGCUGGGAGUGGGAUAUAACUCCUCCUGGAGAUAACUUUUCCUGCUCUGUAUGCAAAUGGGGUACUACUAGUACUACUAGGCAAGGUUUUUUUCUUAUUGCCUUGGCUGUAUUCCUCCCUUGGCAUUACUUCACAACUUUGGUUGCUUUGAUCCCAGGACCUUAGCAAUAACUCUGGGCUUCACUCUCCAUACGGUUUGAUGACCACAAGUUCUUAUUGCACUGAGGCCCAAGGAGAAGAAAUAGGAACAUGUUGUCCAGCUUGCAUGUCAUUGCUCUGUGUGCCUUUUUAAAACAUUGUUGGAUCUGCUCCAAGGAACAGAGGCUCCCUGUAAUCUAAGUAUUGGGGAGGAUUCAUCAGGAGGAGGUGUCUCCCUCAUAGCUGAGUUUUCCACUUGUAUUCACAGAAAUAAAUGGAUAGAAAGAGAUUAGUCAUUCUUGUUCUUGAUUUGAAGGCCUUGACCAUUGCUCUUUGGGCCUGAGUGAGAAACAGAACAACUUUACUAUAAUUAGCUAUGUUAAUUAUCGAUUUUCAGUUCCAGUGACUACUGCUGUUCUUGCAGUGAUUUGGUGUCUUAGUUGAGGUUGGUUUACUAGAUAAGAGGAGCUGAAAAACUGAGAUCAAAGUCCUAUAAAGCAUUAUAGUAGAGGGAUGGCUAUAUUCUGGCUCAUCCACAGUGUAUGGUGCCAGGCUCAGAUUACUUCUGCUCAAGUACACAGGAAUUGCAAAUUAAAGUUUUACCAUUUUUCUGUGUCUAUAGAAUAACUUCACUCAAAGUUCAAUACAGCGUUUAUGUCCUAGACUCCUGCUUGUCCCCUCUGCUACUCCAGGCAGGAGAAUGUAUAUUCCUUACUCUCUUUACAUGGGAACUCUUUCAGGCCAGCUGUUUGCACUGGCUUGUGUUCUUGCUGAAGCUCCAGCUGCUGGGCAUUAUCCUCCUGGGCUUGAAGAGACCUGUAUUCGUUGGUGCUAUUGCCUAUGGUCUGGCUGAGUGUGAUAAGUGGAAAAGCUGCAAGUGCUAUGUGUGCCGUACAAAAUAAUCCUGCAAUAGAAUAAAUUGGAAAAGUAACCGUAGUAGUAGAUCCUAGAUCUGUACUGCCUCCUGUGCUCAGAGUGCCAAAAUGUGACAGCAAGGUUACAUUGGUGAAUAUAAUAAGCUAAGGCACUAAGUAAUACCUUUUUCGUUGUUAGAAUAAACUUGUAGUAGUCUCUCUACCUCAGUGCUAGGGGUAGACUAACCCAGAGUCUAGAUUAUGUGCCAUAAACAAUGCUGUAUAUACUAUUAGAGAGAUUUGUAUAACCCAGAAUAUUUUGAUACAUUCACUGGCCAUUCUCAAAUAAGGCAAUCUUGUUUAACAGCCUUUAAGCUAAGUUCAUUUUUAGGUUGAAAUAGAAGGUUUUGUAACACUACUUAAUAUCUUUACACUGCUGAUUAUCCUGCUGUGUACUGUUUCCCCACCUUUGUCUGAGAAACCCUAAACUAAUGCUAAUGGCAACCUUUAAAAUUGAUACAAUGUUUGACUAAGAAGCUUUUACAAUGUAGGGGAUACUUAGGGGUACCAUUUGGAAAAAAGUAAAAGAUACUUGUUUGUUCUCUUA